ACAAACUGGCUAGAAUGCUAUGCCCCACGGUUGCCGUGGCAACAAUAUGUCAACAUCGCCCAUGUCGGAGGAGUUGUGCUGUGCCUGUCCGGUGUGCCACCUCUACAAAUGUCAGAAAUGUCUGCUAUGAACAGAAAAGUGAUACAAACUCUCGCUGAAACAAUCUCAAAGCAAGUGCAGCACUUCAAUAAAACAGAGGUGGAGUGCCUAAUCCGAGAGUUUAACAUGCUUCUGGGGGAGCAGACUAUCCACGGAAAAGCAGUUACUGGUCUGGACAGAAGUCAGUUCAGAAGCAUACUGCACAACAUCUUUAGGAUGACCGACGACAUGAUCAUGGAUGGAGUCUUCAGGGUAUUUGACAAAGACAAAGACUGUUUUGUCAGUAUGAAAGAAUGGAUUGAGGGACUUUCUGUUUUCCUGCGAGGGACCUUGGAUGAACACAUAAAAUUCUGCUUUCGUGUAUAUGAUUUGAACGGCGAUGAAUCCCUCUCCAGAGAAGAGAUGUUUCCUAUGCUGAAGAGCAGCCUCAUCAGACAGCCUACAGAGGAGGACCCUGACGAAGGAAUCAAAGACCUGGUGGAGAUCAUACUCAAGAAGAUGGACCAUGACCAUGACAGCAAACUAUCUUUCGCGGACUUUGAAAAGUCAGUGAAAGAGGAGAAUCUUCUACUCGAGGCUUUUGGAACCUGCCUCCCUGACACCACGAGUAUUGAGGCAUUUGAGCAGCGUGUAUUUCAGGAUCAACUGUACCAGUGAAGGAAUGACAUUCAUAUGCAUUUCAAGAAAUGUAGUCUUUAAUAAAUAUGUUAAAUAGCUGUUUUCAUUUGGUGCGAAAUGUGCAAAUAAAAACAAGCUUCCAA